GGAAAUAUGACGAUCUGAGCUCCUCGGAUGAAUCCUACCCCUCCCCGCAGAGACAGCGGCCUGCCCGCAAGUCCAAGGGUCCCAGUAUCCACGAAGGGCCCCACGCUCUGGCCAAGAUAACGGCAGUCCGGAUCGGAGGAAGGAGCCAGUCGCAUUAUGAGCAGGUCCCUCCGGAAGGCUACGUGACCUUCAGUGACGAGGGAAGCGGCACCGAAGGGGGAGACCUCCGGUACAGAGACGUCACCUCCCCCAUCAACGAGCGUGACGUGGAAAGCAGCAGCAGCCGAGAAGAGUAUUCCUCCUUCACCAAGAACUUGGCCACCAUCCGGAUGACUACCACCACCACCAGCAGCAGCAGCGAAAGCCUGUCCAGAGCGGUUGGGAUCGGCAGCGAGGGCUCCGUGGAGAGCAACGAG